AUGGCCACUCGCGUUUCUGCCGCAAGCUCAAUGGAGCUGAGGGACAACACGGUAAUCAUUGUCCUCGGUGCUUCUGGUGAUUUGGCAAAGAAGAAGACUUUUCCCGCCCUCUUUGGUCUUUACCGCAACCAGUUCCUCCCCAAAGAUAUCAAGAUCGUCGGAUAUGCGAGAACCAAGAUGGACCAUGAAGAAUACCUUCGAAGGAUCAAAUCCUACAUGAAGGUGCCCACCCAGGAGAUCGAGCAGCAGCUUGAGGAAUUCUGCAAGCUCUGCUCAUAUGUCUCUGGCCAGUACGACCAGGAUGAAGCCUUCUACAACUUGACCGCGCACAUUGAGGAAUUAGAACGUGGAAAACCUGAAACGCACCGCCUCUUCUACAUGGCUCUUCCACCCAGCGUCUUCACCGUCGUCUCUCAGCAUCUCAAGAGGUGCUGCUACCCCAAGAAGGGCAUCUGCCGAGUGAUUGUCGAGAAACCUUUCGGAAAGGACUUAGCGAGCUCUCGAGAGCUUCAGGCCAACCUUGAGCCUGACUGGAAGGAGGAUGAGCUCUUCCGAAUUGACCACUACCUCGGAAAAGAGAUGGUGAAAAACUUGCUGAUUCUCCGAUUCGGUAACGCCUUCUUCAACGCGACGUGGCACAGGCAUCACAUCGAUAACGUUCAGAUCACUUUCAAGGAGCCCUUCGGAACCGAGGGCCGCGGGGGAUACUUUGACGAGUUCGGCAUUAUUCGAGACGUCAUGCAGAACCACUUGCUCCAAGUCCUCACCCUCCUUGCCAUGGAGAGGCCCAUCUCCUUCUCCGCAGAGGAUAUCCGUGACGAGAAGGUGCGCGUUCUCCGCGCUAUGCCCGCUAUUGAACCUAAGAACGUCAUUAUCGGGCAGUACGGACGGUCCCUCGACGGCACCAAGCCUUCGUACAAGGAGGACGACACUGUGCCCCCCAAUUCGAGGUGCCCCACCUUCUGCGCCCUCGUCGCCUACAUCAAGAACGAGCGCUGGGACGGCGUUCCCUUCAUUAUGAAGGCUGGAAAAGCGCUCAACGAGCAGAAGACGGAGAUUAGAAUCCAGUUCAAGGAUGUGACCUCUGGAAUCUUUAAGGACAUUCCUAGGAACGAACUCGUCAUCCGUAUCCAACCCAACGAGAGCGUAUACCUGAAGAUGAAUUCGAAGCUGCCCGGCCUGAGCAUGCAGACUGUCGUCACUGAGCUCGAUCUCACGUACCGCCGACGAUUCUCGGAUCUCAAGAUCCCCGAAGCCUAUGAGUCGCUCAUCCUUGAUGCGUUGAAGGGUGAUCACUCCAACUUUGUCCGAGACGACGAACUCGACGCAAGCUGGAGGAUCUUUACCCCUCUGCUCCAUUACCUUGACGACAACAAGGAUAUCAUCCCCAUGGAGUACCCAUAUGGCUCCCGAGGUCCCGCCGUCUUGGAUGACUUCACCGCAUCCUAUGGUUAUAAGUUUGCCGAUGCUUCUGGCUACCAGUGGCCCACGACCUCUGCCAUCACUGGACCCAACAAGUUCUAA